AUGCCACAAUACCACCACCCUGGAGGCACCGUCUCCUACCCAGACGCAAAAUCCCUCUAUCCCUCCGUCCCCAGAGUCAGUUUCGGCCGCGCCGUCGCCAUCGGUCUCUCCGCCGGCUUCCUCGGUGCCCUCGUAAUGACCGGCACCAACAAAAUCGAACAACUUAUAACCCAUCGCCCCAACUCCUUCGUUCCUGCGCGUACAAUCGGCAACCACCUCGGUGUCAGCCCCUCCUUCUACCAGCGGCACACCUUGUUUCUCAACCACCUACACCGCUUCGGUAUGGGCAUCUUAGCUGGGCCGGUGAGAGCCAUAAUGUCGUACUACGGGGUAAUUGGCCCGUUUGCAGCGUUCGUACAUACAGGGGUGCGGAUUAUGAUGGAUCAGACAGUGGAAUUGACUGCAGGGACGAGCGCUGUGCCGUGGAGUUGGCCGAUUAACGAGCAGGUGAUUGAUGUGUUGCAUAAGGGGGUUUACGCCAUUGUGACGGGUUAUGUGUGUGACAGGUUAGUAAGGGGGGUAGACUGGUUUAAUAGAUCGUAG